CGCUUCGCUCCAGCGAGGCCCGGAGGGCCCCGCACUCCCUGGGCGGCUCCGACGCCGGCUCGGAGGUGGCUCGAGGGAGCCGGACACCUGCGGCGGAGACAGUAGAAAAGGAAAUGGCAGUCCCUAGUCAUGUGUGCAUUCGCCGCUGGACUACCAAGCAUGUUGCUGUUUGGCUGAAAGAUGAAGGCUUUUUCGAAUAUGUGGACGUCUUAUGCAACAAGCAUCGACUUGAUGGAAUCACAUUGUUAACAUUGACUGAAUAUGAUCUCCGGUCUCCUCCUCUGGAAAUCAAAGUCUUAGGGGACAUUAAAAGGCUAAUGCUCUCAGUUCGCAAAUUGCAGAAAAUACAUAUUGAUGUUUUAGAAGAGAUGGGGUACAACACUGACAGUCCCAUGGGUUCCAUGACCACUUUUGUCAGCGCUCUUCAGAGUUCAGACUGGCUUUGUAAUGGUGAUCCUUCACAUGACUCUGAUGGACCCAUCCCUGACUUGAAUUCUGAUCAAUAUCAGUACAUGAAUGGUAAAAGCAAACAUUCUGUUCGAAGACUGGACCCAGAGUACUGGAAGACCAUAUUGAGUUGUAUAUAUGUUUUCAUAGUAUUUGGAUUUACAUCCUUCAUUAUGGUUAUAGUCCAUGAACGAGUUCCAGACAUGCAAACCUAUCCACCACUUCCAGAUAUAUUCUUAGACAGUGUUCCUAGAAUCCCAUGGGCCUUUGCUAUGACAGAAGUGUGUGGUAUGAUUCUGUGCUAUAUAUGGCUCCUGGUUCUUCUUCUCCACAAGCACAGGUCAAUACUUCUGCGAAGACUCUGUAGUCUGAUGGGCACUGUGUUCUUGCUUCGCUGCUUCACUAUGUUUGUGACCUCCCUCUCCGUGCCAGGACAGCACCUACAGUGUACUGGAAAGAUAUAUGGCAGUGUAUGGGAGAAAUUACACCGGGCCUUUGCCAUUUGGAGUGGCUUUGGUAUGACCCUGACUGGCGUUCACACUUGUGGCGAUUACAUGUUCAGUGGCCACACAGUUGUCUUAACUAUGCUGAAUUUCUUUGUCACUGAAUAUACACCAAGAAGCUGGAAUUUCUUGCACACUUUAUCCUGGGUUCUCAACCUUUUUGGAAUCUUCUUCAUUUUGGCUGCCCAUGAACAUUAUUCCAUUGAUGUAUUUAUUGCCUUUUAUAUCACAACAAGACUCUUUUUGUACUACCAUACUCUGGCCAAUACCAGAGCUUACCAGCAAAGUAGAAGAGCAAGGAUUUGGUUUCCCAUGUUUUCAUUUUUUGAAUGCAAUGUUAAUGGUACAGUACCAAAUGAAUAUUGUUGGCCAUUUUCAAAACCGGCAAUAAUGAAAAGGCUAAUUGGAUGACAAUAUUUUUGUAAAGAGUUCAUGAUUAAACAUAUAGUAGUUGUUGAAAAUAACUUUGCUUUCUCCCCUAGGUUGUUCCUGGAGGCCUUGCCUUUUUGGUUUAUAUGUUGACAAAGCAAAGCUCCUUGUUCUGAACAAGGCUGUGGUUGUGAAAAGCAAGUUGAGCAAUCAAGAGUCCUUACAUAAUUGUUUGAACAGAAAACUUAAGUAGGUGUUCUCUGCCUUUGCCCUUUCGGCGGAGUUAAUGUUUGUGAGUGAAGUCAGGCUGUUGCCCAUGUCUUUUGAGUAUUUGCUUAUUGAUCUUAAGUAAAUCAUUUAAGCAGUGUGUGAGUUGAAAUCUUUUUAUUGAUUGCCAGUAGAACUCUAGUCAAAAAAUAUUUUUUGAAGCUCCUGAUUCUCUUCAAAGGAAAAGUUCCUAUCAAGUGAGCGAUCCUUGUUCGUUGAAUUAUUUUCUAUGUCUCUUUAGAAAAUGCAACUCUGGAAAGUGAUCUUCUUUAUUGACAGAUAAUUUUUCCUUCUGAACCAACUCCAAGAAAAGUAAUUGAAUAUACCAGGAUGCCAAACACAAAGAGAAGGCAAGGCGCAGUACACAAGAUGGCAAAGAACUGAUGAAGAAGCCACCUGCCCCCUCAUUAAUGCAAGUAUAGUGCUUGCAGUUGCCACCACAAGUGUUACAAUAGGUGCAUUUCCUAUUUGGUUCUGAGUGUUCAAUGACUCUCAGUAUUCAUGAGGGAAAAAUUGCUGCAUCCAUAAAAAUAAAAUUAACUUAGUGAUGUUAGAUGCCUGGAAUAACUUUGUGCUAUAGUUGUUAGUUAGACAAGUGACAGCCCAGUAUUAGGCUGUUUUAAUGAUAUUAUUUAAUGAAUAAAGUGAAAGUAUGCUGCCAUUUGUUAGGUAAAGUGUCUAUGUCCUUAAAAAGGGAGGUAUACAUGUAAAGAAUUUUUUCUUCUAAAAUGAAAUUUAUUAAGUGGUUUCAAAUAUUUUUGAAACUUUUUGACUUUUGAAAUUUUUCAUUAGUGUCCAUCAAAAGUAAACAGUCUCAGACAGAUUUGGAUAUUAAAAGGUUUAGUUGGUAUAGUUUUUAAAUACAGUUGUGUACAUACAUUCUUUCUAAUGGCUUUUGACAGUCAGGAAGUUAUGUUAACUUAGGUGCUGUUUACAACACUAGAAGGUUAGCUCCCUAAGUAAUUUCACAACUCUAGUAACACUUGUCACUUUAUUUGUAAUGAUUUGGAUAGCAGUUACAGCAGUUUGGUGGUGAUAGAGGAAUUUGAAUCCCAACUAGUGAGCUUAGCCACUUGAAAUAUUGUGUAGUCUUCCCAUUCCAUUUUAAAGUGAACCGUUAGAAAAGAUGCUGGCAUACCGAGGUCUGCAGUCAGAUCUCACAGCAGAAGCCCUCUCCUUUCGUGAGUAAUGCAUUCUUGUUGCACUUUAAUUCAUAGUCCCACUCCGGUAUAAGCUGCAGAGAGGAAACGGAAUGAAUUUAGCAGUAUUAUGCAAGCAAGUUUUAGUCAUUGUUAAAUGACCCCAAUUUCAGUCUGCUCAGAACAUUAUUUUUUAUUUCUCACUUGAGGUAAUAGAACAAGGCAAUUCAAGUUUUAUUAUGCUUUUAAAUCUCAUGCUUCAGAAUCUUCUAUAUUAAAUUGUUGGUUCUAUAAUAUGUCAGGGACAAAAAUGCCAACAUUUCAUUUAAGGGAAUUUUAUAGUCAUGAAAGGUGAAGGAAGUCCUAAGACCCUUAAGGUGGCUUGACCCUUGAAGUUGAGAGUUUUAUUGUUGCCAUUGUUUCCAAAUGGCAGAGUAGAACUGAAUUUAGCUAAGGAGGGACUGAUGUUGGCUUUUAGGAAAACGUUCCCCAAAAUGUGUGAUCACAUUAAUUCAGAAAUAUUAAAUCGCUACUAAGUGGUAAUUUUUCCCUAACAUCAGCCUUCUUUCCUUCAUAUGGACUCCGUUCUAGAACAAAGUAGAAAAAAAAUGCAGCUAACUUUGCAGAGCUGUUGACAUUGAGAGAAGAUUGUAAAAUAACUUUUCAGCCUUGCAUUUACUCAUGCCUGUUUUGAGAAAAAGGUAAGCUAGACAUAUAAUUCAUUGUUAUAGCUAUCACAAGGCAGUGUUUACAAAAAUUAAUCAUCUUCAAGUCUCUUUUUUAACAUGAAACCUACAUUUUAGUAACUUUUUUGGUCCAGAAAUUUCCAAACUUUGUCUUUGUAAUUUUUUUCUUGUUAAAUCACAGAGAAAUUAAUCUUUAUGUUUACAUUUUGGGAUUGAAUGUGGACAGGUAGAGAAGCUUACAUGCCUUAGAGCUACAUAUUUUUUCAAGAAGGUUUCUGGCUUUGAGGUACAAACUAGGAAGGCAUACUAAAAUUCUUGUUUUUUCCUUUUUUUAAUGUUCUUGGAGACAGCAUCACCUUUUUCAAAAACAAACAAAGACCAGACAGGGCAGUGUUACUGCUAGCAUGAUUGAAGUCAGAAGGAUGUGGCAGUCUUGAAGAAGUAAAGUCUGCUGUUAUCAUUAGAUAAUUUGGAGAAAGCCUCUUAGCUGAACUGCAGGAUUUUCAGCAUGACUGUAUUCUAUAUAGCUGGAAUUACUAGGGCAAAAGUAAAUCUAUAUGCAGUUUAUUAGUAUUCUUUCAAAUCAGAAAACAAUGAGUUUACACCUAAAACAGUAUGUAAGUUGAUCACAAUUAAAACCCAGUGGCCAGAGAACCCUGCUGCUAGUAUAACUGUUUUUAAGAACGACACUGCAAAUAAUGUUCUUUCCUACGUAUUCUGCCUGAAUAAAUCCUAUAAUUUAUAAAUGUGUGACACAGGAGCCAAAUCCUCUUAAAGCUAAUAUGAAACAGUCUAUUUUAGAGAAAUCUGGAAGAUGUGUGUUACUGGAGUCAAAUUCAGAGUAAUACUAAACUGCUUUGACUUUAUUCCACAAAAAGCAAUUAUAUAAUAAACUUUCUUUUAAGGAUUCCAAUUUUAAAAUACUAGAGAAUGUUAACCAUUUUCUUGUCUUCAACUUUUUAUUUUAAGAAAUGUAAUUAUUUGAUAGUCUUUAAAGACUAAAAGUUACCCCUUAUUCAAAAUAAUUAUAGUAAUAGUUACCUGUCAGUUCUUUAAGGUAUUCGGGUAUUUGAGGCAAAAAAAGCUCUUUUUUAGAAUAGUCUGGUUGCUUUCUUAAGCAAUAUUGAUCUCAUGUAGACAUUUUCAAAUCUGACAGAGCUUGUCAGUUUUAAUACCACUUUACUUACUACAGUUUAGACAGUUUGCAUUUGUAAGUUUAGACUGAAUUAGCCUUACACCUCUGUAAGAAGUGUAUAAGUGUAGAAUUAGCCUUACACCUAUGUAGAUGGGAACUGUUAACAUCAAAGGUCAGAAUGCUUCAGGUGAAAGAAAAAGGCAAGAGUUUUGUUUUGUUGUCUUUGAAUGACUUUAAAUGACUGAAAUCAGUAGGAAGUAGGUUAUGGUUCCUUAUAUCGCCCUCAACCCCCACCCCCAAUCAAAUGCCAUCAGUUUUAAAUAACUAAAAUAGGACCUGUUAUUUUGCAUCAAGUUUAUUACUAAUACCUGUGAGGUCUAUAAGCCAUAUUUCAACGAAUAAAUUGGGUUUAAGAAUACUGUUUACUCCAAGUUUCAGCGAAAUAAUCUUUGUGCCUGAAAUGGAGGGAGAAGAAAGGAAUACUCUGCUUAUUCCAGGUCUUAUUUCCUACUGGGUUAUUUGAAAAUCAACAUAGCCAAGGGAUGUUAUUGGUUAAUGUCAUUUUAAAAUAUGUUUAAUAUUAAUAAUUUUUCAUUCAGAGAAUUUGGAUUCUUAGGACAAUGGAAUAUUUUUGACAUGGAACAAAGAAAAUGGAAACUGGUACUAACUGGGGAAAGAGCAGAGUUAGCUCGCACUGAAAUGAGCAUGUUUUAUUUUGAGUAUUCUACCAAAUGUCUCACUGUCCACAGAGAAACUGGUAUUACUUGAAGGUGUGGAAGUUUCUGUGGUAGCCAUACCUUGAAGCACAGAUUUGUAUAUAAGUAAAUACCUUGAUUCUAAAUUAAAUCCAGAUGUAACUAAUAUAUAUUAUUUUAUAUCUUUGUUGUAUUAAAAUGUUUAAAAACACUAAAAAUAAAACAUUUGAAAGUC